AUGGUUGUACGAGGUGGGUGGAGAUCCGGUUUCAGUACGAACCGGGAUUAUGGUCUAUCCGUUCACAAAUAUUUGACGACUCAUGUUGAAGAGACUGCUUUCGAAGAAAUUGCGUUAACUUGUAAAAGCACGGUCAAAAAGCCUUAUUUGACCAUGAUAGUCGUACAUGGAAACGAUAUAGUGUUGAACAAGAUGGAUGCUCUUCGAAGCCCAAUACGAACGACAUCCACAUAA